AUGCCGGAUGCCGACAGCGUCACCCGGGUUGGGCAGUUUUUGCCGCUUCCCAGGGUCGCCCUUCUCAGGGACCGCAACUGCCAAAAGAUCGCCGUGUGCACUAUUUGCUACGAAGAUACCGUUUACCGGCACGAGCGCAGGGUUCCAUCUCCCCAGGACAGCAUGGCCAUUUUGCCGUGCGGUCAUAUAUAUUGCCUUGGCUGUAUUACGGAUACGCUUUCCAGCGGCCGCGAGGCCGAAUGCCCGACCUGCCACAUUUCCCUCCGCCAUAGCGAUUGCGGGCAUUGCGUUCGGCCGCGGCUCCUGUACGAGGAAACCCUGCUGACGCUGCCCAAGGUCGUCAAGUCGGCCGCCGAGCUCCCGAAGCUCUGCCGGCCGUGCACCAAGGCGAAGGAGGUCAAGCAUGCGAUGUACCUCCAUAUAAUCUUCUCGAUCGAAACCAGGAGGCUAACGGAGCUUUAUGAGCGAAACCAAGAUGAGGGUACCUUUCAAAGACUCAUCGAGGCUGACCGCCUGAGCCACGAGAUUGUCAUGAACUCAUUCACCGCCCAGGUUGACUGGUAACCUAGGUUUGGGCAUUUGCGAGCCAUUCGUUGCGCAGAUGGGAGCUACUUGCCUCAUAGACACUGCAAAUCACCAACAUAUAUAUAUAUAUAUAUAUAUAU